AUGGAAGAGCUUUACGAGGCCGACGUGAUGUGGCCGGAAAAUGAGGACCGUCCGAUGGGUGCGUCCAGCUGCAAUACAUCGCCUAAGAGGACGAGGGGGCGGGGCCAGCGGGCAGCUUGUGCGGCGCCGCGGAAGAUUCCGACGGCGGGGCGGAUGCGCGGGGGAGAGAGUGUGGGGGAGGAGGAGGGGGCGGCGGAGCUGAUCCCGCCGCAUGUUCUGGUGUCCCGCAGCGGGACGGUGGGUAAGAUGGCGUUCUCGCUGUGCUCGGGGCGGGGGAGGACGCUCAAGGGCCGGGAUUUGAGCCAAUUCCGCAACUCCGUCCUCCGGAUGACCGGCUUCCACGAGGGAUAA